UUUCCCAGAUGUCAACUGCACCAGAGCGAUCAGAGAGAGAAAUCGGACAAACACUUAGCGAGAGCUCGUUAGCGUAGGGAAGUAAUACUUCUUUGACCUAAAGCUUCUCUAGCCUGAAUAAAGUAAUGAAGUAGAUAGUCGGACAACUAAUUACAUUAAUUAGAAAAAUAGACUGGCAUUGCCACAGUGAAAAUGGACCAGGAGUUUGAAGACAUAGACUCAGCGGGCCGGUGGCAAAAACUGUACCUAGAAAUCAGGAAUCAGUCCCACGAGUGCUCCUACAAAGUGGCAAAGUAUCCAGAGAAUCGCAACCGAAACAGAUACAGAGAUGUCAGUCCAUUUGAUCACAGUCGGGUGAAGCUGGAGAACACAGAAAAUGACUACAUCAAUGCAAGUCUGGUGGUCAUGGAGGAAGCCCAGAGAAGUUACAUAUUGACUCAGGGCCCCCUCAGGAAUACCUGUGGCCACUUUUGGCUCAUGAUCUGGGAGCAGAAGACCAAAGCGGUCAUCAUGCUCAACAGGGUCAUUGAGAAAGGCUCAGAAAAGUGUGCCCAAUACUGGCCCACAGCUGAGGAGAGGGAGAUGGCCUUCAGAGACACACGUUUCUUGGUCACGCUGUUGUCAGAAGACACCAAGUCUUACUACACCACCAGAGUGUUGGAGCUGCAGAAUAUUAGCACAGGGGAGAAGAGAGAGAUCUACCACUUUCAUUACACCACGUGGCCUGAUUUUGGUGUCCCAGAGUCCCCGGCAUCCUUCCUAAACUUCCUCUUCAAAGUACGGGAGUCGGGAGCGUUGGGGGUGGAGCACGGGCCGGCUGUGGUGCACUGCAGCGCUGGAAUCGGACGCUCAGGGACGUUUUCAUUAGUCGACACAUGUGUGGUCCUGAUGGAUAAGAGGAAAGACCCCUCAUCAGUGGACAUCAAAAGCAUCCUGUUGGACAUGAGGAAGUAUCGCAUGGGCCUGAUCCAGACCCCUGACCAGCUGCGCUUCUCCUACAUGGCUGUCCUUGAAGGAGCCAAGUCCAUCAUGGGAGACUCCUCUGUACAGAACCGGUGGCGGGAGUUGUCCAGGGAAGAUCAGAAGCCAACAUCGGAGUCUCCCCCCUCAACUCAGCCUCAGGCCAGGUAUUCGACAGAGCGAUGCAACGGCAGCCAACGGGGAGGUCAGCUGGAGGAGGGAGGAGACUAUAGACACGAUGGCAAAGUACCCACACAGUCUCCCUGCAAAGAACAGGAGCUGGAUGGCAGCACAACACACAAACGACGCAGAGAAGACAGUAUCUCCAAAUCAGGCACAGCCAAGACACCCCAAAGCAAGCCCAGGACAAAUGACUCGGAGAAGAAGAGAAAAAGGGCGAAAACCAGCGACUGCUAACCACCUCCUCCUGCGGCCAUGCGCCAGCAGCUCUGGCAGCAAAGCCAACAUCGGCAGGGAACUCCAGCUCUCUCCCAACCUCUGUGUGCUUCUUCCUCAACUCCAAACCACUCUUCCUCACCUCUACAUCAACAGCCAGUUCUCCUCUGUUCAUCGCUUUUAUUUAUUUUAUUUUUUUUGUCCCAACCCAGUGGCAUUCUUUAGCCACCUCACCUCCCUCUUCUUCCUCCGGUUAGCAGCACGUCACCCCCACAUCCUCCACCUCACAGCUUUCCCAUUUCUCCUCAUCCUCUCUAAACUGUUUACAGCAGACACUUCGACAUUCUUUGAAGAGAAACACACCAGCGCUUCAUCCCCUGGUUACACCUCAACCACAGCCUGCGCUACUUCUGGAUUCAGAAAAUCAGUUUUUUGCUUUAUUACUAUUAUUUGCAGCUUUGUCAUUCUAUUAUGCUUCUUUGUUUAUGAAAUUAAGACUGAUAAUAGGGGCUAUGCAUUGCCAAUUUGUAAUGCUGUUAAUAUGUGUAUUUUUAGAAAACCUUUUUUCAGAGGGGAAAAUAAAAAUGUUCUAUUUUUUAUAAGAGAUUACUUGAAGUUUUUCAAGGGGGAGCACUGCCUCCUCCCACAUGAGAAAUUCAGUGGCAUGUAAUGUUUCUAUGAUGUACAUAGUGUUCUUUUUAAAAAAGAUGUGUAAAAAGACAUAUUUUUGCUUGUAAAAAAAAAACACCAAGAAGACAAUGUUACAGAUUUGAAUACUGUAGAAAAGCUGAUUUGAUGACUUGUUCUCCUUUUGUCUUAAGUUUCUCUUAGAGUGUAGCUUAAUCUACAAAUAAAACUGGCAUUAUCUAACGUA